CUACGUGUCUGACGAGCUGAAGGCAGCUGCCUUGGUACAGGACGACCUGGAAACCGAGGAGCGAGCGGCCGAUGGGGAACCCUCAGCCAAGUACAUGUGCCCGGAGAAGGAGCUCAGCAAGGCCUGCCCCAGCUACCAGAACUCGCCCGCUGCUGAGUUCUCCAGCCAUGAAAUGGACAGUGAAUCCCACAUCAGCGAGACCAGCGACCGCAUGGCUGACUUUGAAAGCAGUUCCAUCAAGAACGAGGAGGAGACCAAGGAGGUCCAGGGGCCGCUGGAGGACACCGCCGUGUCCGACAGCCUCGAGCAGAUGAAAGCCGUGUACAACAACUUCCUGUCCAAUUCCUAUUGGUCCAACCUCAACCUCAACCUGCACCAGCCCUCCUCAGAGAACCAUGGAGGCGGCAGCGGUGGUGGCGGCGGAGGCGGCAGCAGCAGCAGCAGCAGUAGCAGCAGCAGUAGCUGUGGCAGUGGGAGCUUUGACUGGCACCAGAGCGCCAUGGCAAAGACCCUGCAGCAGGUGUCGCAGAGCCGCAUGCUGCCCGAGCCCAGCCUGUUCAGCACCGUGCAGCUGUACCGCCAGAGCAGCAAGCUGUACGGCUCCAUCUUCACCGGGGCCAGCAAGUUCCGCUGCAAAGACUGCAGCGCCGCCUACGAUACCCUGGUGGAGCUGACGGUGCACAUGAACGAGACGGGCCACUAUCGCGAUGACAACCAUGAGUCGGACAGCAACAACCCAAAGCGCUGGUCCAAGCCUCGCAAGCGGUCUCUGCUGGAAAUGGAAGGGAAGGAAGACGCCCAGAAAGUGCUGAAGUGCAUGUACUGCGGCCACUCCUUCGAGUCCCUCCAAGACCUGAGUGUCCACAUGAUCAAAACUAAACACUACCAAAAAGUGCCUCUCAAGGAACCUGUCACCCCCGUCGCAGCCAAAAUCAUCCCUGCGGCUCGGAAGAAACCGUCUCUGGAGCUGGAGCUGCCUAGCUCCCCUGACUCCACCGGCGGAACCCCCAAAGCCACUCUCUCCGACACCAGCGAUGCUUUGCAGAAGAACUCCAACCCUUACAUCACGCCAAAUAACCGGUACGGCCACCAGAACGGCGCCAGCUACGCAUGGCACUUUGAGGCCCGCAAGUCUCAGAUCCUCAAGUGCAUGGAGUGUGGCAGCUCCCAUGACACUCUCCAGGAGCUCACGGCCCACAUGAUGGUCACCGGCCACUUCAUCAAGGUCACAAACUCGGCCAUGAAGAAGGGCAAGCCCCUCAUGGAGACACCCGUCACGCCCACUAUCACCACCUUGGUGGACGAGAAGGUGCAGUCCGUGCCGCUGGCAGCCACCACCUUCACGUCCCCUUCCAACACACCCGCCAGUGUGUCCCCAAAGCUGACUGUGGAGGUCAAAAAGGAAGUGGACAAGGAGAGAGCGGCCAUGGACGAGAAACCCAAGGAGAAGGACAAGACCAGCGAGGAGGAGGAGAAAUAUGAUAUUUCUUCCAAAUACCACUAUUUGACUGAAAACGACUUGGAGGAGAGCCCUAAGGGGGGACUCGAUAUCCUUAAAUCCCUCGAAAACACGGUGACGUCCGCCAUCAACAAAGCUCAGAAUGGCACUCCCAGCUGGGGGGGCUAUCCCAGCAUCCACGCCGCCUACCAGCUCCCCAACAUGAUGAAGUUGUCCCUGGGGUCCUCGGGGAAGAGCACACCCCUGAAGCCCAUGUUCGGUAACAGCGACAUCGUGUCUCCCACCAAAACCCAGACCCUGGUCUCUCCUCCGCCCAGCAGCCAGACCUCCCCCAUGCCCAAGACAAACUUCCAUGCCAUGGAGGAACUGGUGAAAAAAGUCACGGAGAAAGUCGCCAAGGUGGAGGAGAAGAUGAAAGAGCCUGAAGGCAAGCUGUCGCCGCCCAAGCGGGCCACGCCGUCCCCAUGUGGCAGCGAGCAGAGCGAGCCCAUCAAGAUGGAAGCCUCCAGUGACGGUGCCUUCAAGAGCCAGGAGAACAGCCCCAGCCCACCAAGGGAUGCCUGCAAGGAGGUAAGCCCCACCGCAGAGCCGGUGGAGAACGGCAAGGAGCUGGUUAAGCCCCUGAGCGGAGGUCUCAGUGGUAGCACGGCCAUCAUCACGGACCACCCCCCAGAGCAGCCCUUUGUGAACCCUCUGAGUGCCCUGCAGUCGGUCAUGAACAUCCACCUGGGCAAGGCGGCCAAGCCCUCCCUCCCUGCCCUGGACCCCAUGAGCAUGCUCUUUAAGAUGAGCAACAGUCUGGCGGAGAAGGCAGCCGUGGCCACCCCAUCGCCUCUUCAGGCCAAGAAGGCGGAGCAUCUGGACCGCUACUUCUACCACGCCAACAACGACCAGCCCAUUGACCUGACAAAGGGAAAGAGUGACAAAGGUUGCUCUUUAGGUUCAGGGCUUUUGUCCCCCACGUCUACAUCCCCAGCAACCUCCUCAUCCACGGCGACAACGGCAAAGACAUCCGCUGUCGUGUCGUUCAUGUCAAACUCGCCGCUGCGCGAAAACGCCUUGUCAGAUAUAUCGGACAUGUUGAAGAACCUGACGGAGAGCCACACGUCCAAAUCGUCCACCCCUUCCAGCAUCUCGGAGAAGUCGGACGUUGACGGGGCCACCCUGGAAGAGGCCGAGGAGUCGACGCCGGCGCAGAAGAGGAAAGGCCGCCAGUCAAAUUGGAAUCCCCAGCACCUGCUGAUCCUGCAGGCCCAGUUUGCGGCCAGCCUCCGGCAGACGUCGGAGGGCAAGUACGUUAUGGCAGAUCUGAGCCCCCAGGAGCGCAUGCACAUCUCCAGGUUUACCGGGCUCUCCAUGACCACCAUCAGCCACUGGCUGGCCAACGUGAAAUACCAGCUCCGGAGGACAGGUGGGACGAAGUUCCUCAAAAACUUGGACACCGGCCACCCCGUGUUCUUUUGUAACGACUGCGCGUCGCAAAUCAGGACUCCUUCCACGUACAUCGGCCACCUAGAGUCACAUCUGGGCUUCCGGCUGCGGGACCUGUCCAAACUGUCCACCGAACAGAUUAACAAUCAGAUAGCACAAACCAAGUCGCCAUCGGAAAAACUGGUGACGUCCUCCCCGGAGGAGGACCUGGGGACCUCCUAUCAGUGCAAGCUUUGCAAUCGGACCUUUGCGAGCAAGCAUGCCGUCAAACUUCACCUCAGCAAAACGCACGGGAAGUCUCCAGAAGACCACCUUCUGUUUGUUUCUGAGCUGGAGAAGCAGUAGCCUUGACUCCCAGGGCGGACAUGACUGGCGGGAAACGCUGAAGGCACCUUGAGGCUCCUCUCGCCUUGUCCUCAGCACAUGGCGACGAGGACUGUUCUGGGCUGGAGUGUUCGGUAGGACUGUACAGUGUUCAAUAGAGAGGCGCAUAUAAUCAGCUGUUGUUACUGGUAAAAUGACGAAGGUUAAAACGCAGUGCUAAGUGUUUGGAACUCUGUAUAAAUGGGAUUUAAUUGUGAGCAUCAUCCCCGCCCCCCCCCCCCCCAAGCUUCAAGCUGCAUGCAUUAACAGACAGUUUAAUUAAGCAUUUGUAACGAAACCAGGCACACUUUUUUCCACGAAACUCGGGUGUGCUGGCAUUCCUCACCCUUUCAUCUUUAGCCCUCUGAGUACUACGAAGCACUUUUGCAUUAAUUUGGUUAAAAAAAAAGAUAAAUAAUAAAACAAAAUAAUAACGAAUAAUAAUAAUGUUAUGAAACUCUGUUUUUAAACUCCUUACCAGCUUAGUUAUAGGAAAUAAUAGGCACCUCCAUUUAUGCAGGUCUGCAGGGGUAUAACACGCCUUGAAAAUUUAAAAGAAUAUUAUUUUCACAUUGAAACAUAGAUGUAUAUAUUGUAUAAGAUUUCAAACUCUUAUGGAAAAAUGUGACUGGUUAACUGACCCUUUUUUCUUGCAUUUAUAACAAGUGAUUUAUGUACCUACUAUACCCUGGGCACAAGCCAUGCCUCUGUAUAGUGUAUAUUUCCUUAUCUUUUCUUUUUUUAUU